AUGUCUAAGCACCGGCCUUCCUGUCAAGGCUGUUAUGUCGGUACACUUCUGGAAAUGGACCCACAGACUGGAAAGACAAGCAACCCAUUGAAUAUAUCCGGCAGUAACGAGUUAUACGUCGGCCGGGACCGGAAACGAUGGUACGGAGUCUCUUUCCAUGAGUCCUUCAAUGCUAAUUGGAAUAUUAGCCAAUACGUUGUAAACGAUCCAUUCAUCUCCAACAGACACCUCCGAAUCUACACCAUCAUUUUCGAUCAAGAGAAUCCUGACGAAGUCGCACCGUUAGUAUAUGCUCAAGAUAUCUCGCUGAACGGCACAUCGUGGAACAACUAUCCCAUGGGAAAGGGAAAUGGCAGCUUUCUCCUCAGUGAUGGUGAUACUCUGAAACUGUCUCCGAGUGUCCACCUUUUGUACCGGCGUGACGGUCACAGAUCGGAGGAUCACUUUGAUAUGCUGCAGAGAGUCGAGAUGAGGGUGGGCCAUAGUGUUUUCGAGGAUCAGUACACGAUUACACAGCGAAAAUUAGGAUCCGGGGCGUAUGGGCAGGUGCAUAUGGCGUUCAACAAAGUGACUGGACAGCAGCUCGCCUGCAAGAUCGUCGACCUCCGAACCCUGAAAGAUAGGGUUAUUGAAGAUUUUGAAGGUCAGAAAUCCAGAUUCUUUGGGAUGGAUACGGACCGCAUUGUUGCAGCGCGCGCGCACAAUGGGUACAUCGCAAGGAAAAUCCACGAGAAACUCGAAAUAUAUGACCGGGAAGCCAGGAUCCUGGCAAGGCUCUGCCAUGACCUCGUGACCGCUGGCGACCUGUUUUCGUUCAUACAAUACAAAGGUGGAAGGCUUGGUGACAUUGAAGCCGCUGUCAUUGUGAGACAGGUUCUCAUGGCUCUGGAUUACCUCCAUGAGCAGAAUAUUGCUCACAGAGACUUGAAGCCAGACAAUAUUCUCAUGACAUCCCUGGCAGAUGGGAGCAGAGUGGUACUCACUGACUUUGGAUGUGCGAGGCUGGUACAGCCACGGAUUGAAAGAAUGUCCACGAAAAUCGGCACAUAUGACUACAGUGCUCCCGAGGUCCUUCGGUCCAGCCGACAAGGCUAUACCAAAGCCGUAGAUCUGUGGUCCCUAGGCUGUGUGACGACCGUGCUCCUGACCGGGGAACCUCCUUUCAACACUCCAUCACCUAAGUGUGAAACCAGUCAGGGCAAUAGACAGGGUGCUCUCGACAGCCUCGAGGCAAAUUUGACCUGCAACAUGAUUGGUAAGCGGGCGAAAGACUUUGUUCUUCGUCUCCUGGUCUUCGAUGAGGCAAAGCGCAUGGAUGUGAAGCAGGCAUUGGGCCAUUGUUGGUUCACCAACCCUGUUCAUAAGGAGGCAUUUGAAGCGCUCUACAAGCGAUCCAUUAGGGACUGGAAGCCUCGAGCACCGAAGGAGCCACUAAUGGUCGACCUCGAUCUGAUUCAAGUCCGGAAGACAAACGGAGAUGUCGCUCAGACACAUUCCCAAGAGAGUUUGCCAAGUAAGCUUUUUAAAUCAGCUGUUCCAAGGGCAAGUGGCUCUAAAGAGUCAAUAUUAGAGGAAUCAUCAUCGCCUGAACUACGCAGAGAUCUCUCUCCGACACUCUCCGACCCCGAACUACCGCCACACGGCCAACUAGACGACAAUCCACAUCAAGCUUAUGAUCUGGGAAACGACCCUGCCGAAAUUGAAUCAGAAGCAGGGAAGUUAGAUGCCCUCGAGCAAAGACUGGAAUCUUCAGAGCAAUCUGAAGUACUCAGAAGUGAAAGCGAAGAAUUCAACCAGUAUGAGUGGGCAAUCCCACCUAUAAUCCCAAAUUUUUCGACGGCCAAUACCGCACUCUUGAAGAACAUUAACAAUAGCUCAACAAGAAAGAAGCGUGCUAGUAACACCUGGGAGGAAUUCGGGAAUGAGGUCUACGAGGAAGUCAAAAAUAGUAUCACUGGGAAGCGACAUCGCUUGUUAUAUGGCGCAAACUUUGUCGCAAACUGGAGUUGA